CUGGAACUCUUGAUGUAAACAAACACUUGAGUGGCAACAGUGGGGCGGGGAGGUCUGUAGGUCCGUCCGUGUGGCAGCUGGCAUGAGCUGUGGCCAAGAUGAAGCCAACCAGUAGACAUGGCCUCAGCUAUGGUGCUGUGCGAGUGGCCUUGGCCAAGAUUAUUCACCUGCAUAGUGACCUCCCAGCUGUGGUAAGAGAGAAUAGGGAUGGGCACUGUAGUACAAACAAGAGCACAGUACCCAUUGGCAACUAUAUGAAUGACAACACAGUAGGAAUAGAGGAGAAAACUGAAAGAGAAUCCAAGAGGAUCUGCAGCUCCAAACAUUUCCCACAGAAGAAGCUCACCAAGGAUGAAGUUGAUGCUAAUGAUCACGAGGAGACAUAUGAGGGUGUGAGCCAAAUAACAAAAGAGGUGAUCUUAGAGCAAAUUGAAUCUGAGGCAGAAUCACUUGGUGUUGAAGUUUGCAUGGCAGCCAAGAGUAUGAUUAUGGCUCUGGUGAAAUUGCUGGCACAUCUUGUCCAGGAAGGAAAACACUAUUUGAGUGACAUGGAAGGCCUCAUUACAACAACCCAUUUCUUGAUGUCCAGAAAAAUAUUAUCUACGUCGGACAUUGGAGAACAGUUUCUCAAAGAACCUGCAUUUCUGAAGCUUCCACUUGUUUGUAUUUGGAGAUUUAGCUCAAUUGGAGUUGUCUCUUUAGAGCAGAUUAUCAAAAGCCUCCAUGACAGUAAACAUACGAGCUUGUCAGUAGUGGAGGACUUAGUACACUUGGUACUGUAUGAAAAGGAAAACCCCAUGAAUACUUCUGCUGUUAGUGAGAUUCUUGCUGUUCUUAUAUGCAUUGUUUAUGAGCCGGCCAAGGACAAGUGUGUGUCACUGAGCAAAUUUGCUAAUCGGGUACUCACUUCACUCACUGAGAGGUUACUUAAUCAUGUCCUGUAUAAUAAAGUUAAAAAGGGACUGAAUCUGUCUUCACAAGAGAGUGGUGACCAACAUAGUCAUGUAAAAAGUAGUCCAAAAGAAAAAGUGAGCAAAUCUUCAGAUGACUCCAUAGAAAGAAGCACAAUUAAAGUAAUGAAUAUAUAUGAAUUGGUGCUGAACAACAUUAGUAUAUCAACACAAGCACUGGAAGCCUACUGUUCUAGUCAGCUGGUGCAGGUUCUCACGCACCGGCCUGAACUGCAUCUUGGUCGUGUGUUGAGAAACCAAGAGAAUUGGAGAUCAACCCAAGCGAACACUACACUGUCAGCUUGGAUGUGGAAGUUGGUUGUAGCUCUUGGAUAUGAGGCAGCCUUGAACACGCUGGACUUGGUGGUUACCAAUGAGGAGGUGAACUGGGCGUGUAUUCUGACACUUGUUGCCACCGCCCUCAAUUGUCAUCGUCAAACUGUUACCGUUCUGAAACGGAUGAUUCAGCGUAAUAUCCAGCGUGGCUGUGAGGACCAGGAUAUGGAAUCACUCGUUAUUGGUUUUCUCUUCGCACGACAUGCAAGCCAGGAAGGACGCCAUAUAUUCCCAACUUAUUCUCUGUGGUUCAGCGCCCUUUUUGCUACAGAAUCUGGGAGUCCUGUAGCCAACAAACAGGCUUUUGUUUUCCUGAUACAGUUUCUGACGGACUUGGUGCCCCAUGAGCCAGCAUAUUGUCUUCGUGCUCAUCUCACAAAUCAAAUAUUCACACCAAAAGGCUGUAAAGAGAUCCUGAGUGACUACUGCUACCUGGCAAAAGCAAGACUUCAAGAAUUAAGGGAGAAGUUAGAGGAUUGUUCUAUUGAGCAUCAGUCGUUGAAAACCAAGAAUAAAGUAGCGGAGGAGGUAGAAUCUGCUGUGAAGCACUUCAGUGAAACUGGAAAAAUAGCUAACUUCAUCUUAGAGGCAUCAAUUUUUCGCAAGCCACACUUUCGUUCAGCCUUCCUGCCUGCUCUGUUAAUACCCAGGCAGUUACCAGAUGUUCCAGAUGCACGGGCAAAAUUAAUUGGGGCGCUCCAUUCAGCUGGGAAAAUUUCAUUCAAUAUGUAUAGCAGUUACAUCGAAGCUUGUCAGAAAGAGUCCUCAGAUUUAUUAACAGGUGUAUUCAUAGAUGUUACACAAGACAUAACUGUUGAAGAACCAAUCAUAGAACUUUCUACUAUGCUACAAGAACUUGUUGAUGAAGCCACAAGUAACCAGGAUGAAAGUACAGCCACAUCACCCCUUGUGUUACCAUGUCUCUCCCGAAUUUCAGGGAAGAUUGAAGAAAUGAUGAAGUUAUCAGACUCUAUGUUAAAGGAUGUUAAAUAUCUGACCGUGGAUGCAAGAAAAUUCAAUCCAAAAAUGGUACCAUAUCAGGUGAUACAGAAAAUCAUGGAAACUGUUGGGAAGCUCUGCCUCAUUUCCAGCCCAGACAAAAGUGCAAAGAGAAGACCUGACUUUCUCUCACAGUUCGUCUCACUGAUCUCUUCAAGUGUGACCCUACAGUGUGCCCUCUUCACGUACCUUAUACACAAUGUGAAGAUUGGUCAGCAAGGAGAACUGUGCAAAGAUCAAAUUGAAAAUUAUGGUGUAAUUCUGUCUGAACUGUGGAAAAUUGAGGGUCUCUUUCUCCCUAUUAUUGAAGCCUCUGCCCCAGACCAACAGCCUCAGUAUUUCUUCAGACUCUUCUUGGACAAAUUAAAGCUUCAUUCUCGGCAGGCUUCUAUCUUUGCUUGCAGUAUCAUGGACAGUUGGCUUCAGUGGUCACUAAUGGAAGAGGAAAAUGUGCCACCCCAGCUCCUGCAUCUCUACUGUUGUCUUGCACCACGACUUCCUCUCAUCUACAAUGAUCAAGAUGAGAAAGAGAUCACAGUAGCUGAUGUGUACUCACACCUGAAGGGCUACAAUGUUCCAGCUUGUUCAAGACUUUACUUCAACAAAUACAACAUUUUAAGUCAAAAGCAUAAGAUCUCCCUUGAAAAGUGGAUCAUCUUUGAGCUGCAGAGCACAUGGGAGGACACACCAAUAGAUGUACGACAGACUUACCUAAAGUGCAGGCUGCUCCAAGACUUUGUGUCCUCAUCUGACACCUUGAAAGAUAACCAAAACCCAGAUUCCAUGUCUAUUGAUAACUUAAUUAUAGAGAUGGUCUUUGCCUUCUUGAAGAUUGGUCUAAAGCAGCCAAACUCCAAUGAAAUAUUGAUGCUCAUACAGUCACUUGCUCAAGAUAACCUGAACCCCACCAGUAUCUGUCUUCUUGAGGAGUGGCACAGACAUCACACAGAAGGAACUGCUGGUGACAUAUCAGUUCUGUCCUUUAUGAGCAUUUGUGGAUGUCUCCCUUCCUCACUCUUCCUGAGAGCUGACCGACUUAUUCAACUUUCUGAAGCACUUAAAAUAUUAGUGAACCAGAUUUUGGUUGCCAGCCAGGACAUACAGAUGAAUUUACACGAUACCAUCUUCCUGUUCUCGUCAGUACUUAGUGCUGCUGCAGCUCCUGGCAUCAAGAACCUUCAAGUACAACACUGCUUCAUGCCCCUUAGGACUGCCAUUAUGUUCCACUGGGAAUCGUUAGGCAGUUUCUCCGAGUCUCACAACAACAUUAUUAGGAGACACAGCUGUUUAGAGUCACUGUGGAACAUUAUGAAGAUUGAGAACAAGAAAACUCUCACCUUUCUCACUGAAGAAGAAUCUGGGAUCAGACUCUUGGCCUUGUGUCUCCAGCAGUCAGUUAGUGAAAAAGAAAUGAAUGAUUUGAUUUCUGUCGUUGAUACAACUUAUUAUAUCAAGUGGCUGUUGGCUUACCUUGGUCUCCAGCAGAUGAGAGGCUCUAUUCCUCUCUUUCCUGAUGGUAAAGGGUUGGCCUCUGACUUUAAAGAACAAGAUAAAAGAGUUAUUACAGCUUGCCAAAAAGCACUUAAUACAUUCUUAGCUAUAUCACAGCCCACAAAAAUUGUAAAAAACAUUUUUCCAUCUAUGACAGAAACCCAUUUAGCCUCAAAAUCAGUUCCCACUGCUCUUGUGUUCAUUCUUCUUUAUAAUAAUGUAAUGCCCUGUAAUAGUGUAGGGGAGGUGAAAAUAUUGAAUCAAUUUGAACUUCUCUUGCAGUGCCAUAUUUUUCAUAGUUAUAGGUAUGAUUCCCAGAAAAGUUCAGGUGAAAAUUCAUUGUCGCUGAAAGCACACAGUGCAGGUAACUCAGACUCACCAAAUCUCGAGUAUUUGACAGAGCUAAACCAGAAAAUUUUCUUGUAUUUACAACAGAAAAUGUCUUCAAAGAUGUUGACUAAAUUGUCCAAAGAAACAGUUUUAAAAUGUGAGAGUGAAAUGAUUUCAGCAAUAAAGUUUAAAAUACAGAGUAAAGAAAAUUAAAGUAGAUCCAGUUAUCAUGAAAUUAUCAGAAAUUUGUCCUAAAAAUUACAAUAGAUUAAGAUUUGUAACUGACAUUAAGGCUCCAUGAUGGGAGGGCAGCAGCAGCAGCUAUAUAAAUAAAAAUGCAUUUCUCA